ACCUGCCCCCUUCCUUUUUCCUUUUCGCUCCGAGUCCAAGAUGGGAGUUGACAUCAGACAUAACAAGGACCGCAAGGUGCACAGGAAAGAGCCAAAGAGCCAGGAUAUCUAUCUGAGGCUCCUGGUCAAGCUCUACAGGUUCCUGGCCCGCCGUUCCAAUGCAUCCUUCAACAGGGUUGUCCUGAAGAGGCUGUUCAUGAGUAGGAGCAACCGGCCUCCCAUCUCCAUUUCCCGCCUGAUCCGUAAGAUGAGGCUGCCUGGCCGCGAGAACAGAAUCGCUGUUGUUGUGGGAACAGUCACUGAUGAUGUCAGGAUCCAGGAUGUCCCCAAGCUCAAGAUCUGCGCCCUGAGGUUCACCGAUGGCAUCCGCCGCCGGAUCUUGAAGGCCGGGGGCCAGGUGAUGACCUUUGACCAGCUGGCUUUGGCUUCACCUAAAGGGCGUGGCACAGUGAUUCUUUCUGGUCCUCGCAAGGGCAGAGAGGUGUACAGGCACUUUGGAAAAGCUCCUGGAACCCCUCACAGCCACACCAAGCCCUACGUUCGUUCCAAGGGCAGGAAGUUUGAGAGAGCUCGUGGUCGCAGAGCCAGCCGUGGCUACAAGAACUAGUUUGUCUUUGUUUACCAUGCAGUCUCUUACAAAUAAAGUACUCACUGUACAAAUA